GCGAUUUCAAAGCCUAAAUAUCCCAACUUUGCACUCAAACGACCCUCGUUGUCUCCAAAGUUUAGUUUCAAUAAACGGCAGCCUCUGGGUUCGGGUUUGAAGCGGAAGAGGCGUCUUCAUCCCACGGCCAGAUGGAGCCAUAGCCCCAAUCCUUUUACUUCUCUUCUUUUCCUCUCCUGUCCUCUUCUCGUACCAUGGAAUUUUUCUUCCAAGCCGGAUGCCUUCGAUCCCCCACCUAUCCGUUUUCCGUUCAAAACCGAUCCUUAUCAAGUUAGCCACCGACGCUCCCGCUUCCACUUCUUUGCUUCAUUCCGGCCGGCACCGAUUUUCCCACUCUCUUCGUUUUCAUUUUCUGCGCUACUUUACCCCUUCAUCUGUGCCAUAGACCUCUGCAGCCGUUCUUUAACGCUCUCCUUCCCUUUCCAACUCUGUUUCACUUCCAUUUUAUUUCUACACCUUAAGUUUGAUGGAAGAUCGGAUCCCGAUGGUUCUACCCCUUGUGGGCCCCCCACCAUUUAGCACUCAGGAAGAAAAUCCCCCGCCGCCUCCUGUUGGAUCUUUGUCGGCGGUGGCUGAUUCUCCUAUUCUAACCGAGAAGGAGACCAUUUCACCAUCAGAACCUGUUCUGAAGUCUGUACCUCUGUCUACUGCUGAGAACGAACUGGUUUCGUUACCUCCUCCGGCAGCAGUGGUGGAGAAAGAAGAGCCACUGCAGCCACCACCUCGAUCAAUAGAACUUGACUCUGUUGCUGUUGAAUCUACUAAAUGCAAUGCAAUCGAGGAGCAGAAGAUUCCUCAGACUUCGGUUUCUUUCAAGGAAGAAAGUAACCGAGUGGCUGAUCUUGCAGAAUCGGAGAGGAAAGCUCUUCAGGAGCUCAGGCAACUCGUUGAAGAAGGUACGAAGAACCAGGCAUUCCAAUUUGAAACCACGCCUCCCAGUCCACCAGCAGAAAAUUCAAAACUAGAGGAAAAUCGAGAGAAGGAAGUCCAGGAGGCAACUCAAACUUCAUGUUUGCCAGAGAAGAAGCUAUCAAUUUGGGGGGUUCCUCUUCUUGAAGAUGACAGGACGGAUGUGAUCCUGCUGAAGUUUUUAAGGGCGAGGGAUUUCAAAGUGAGGGAUGCAUUCCUUAUGUUUCGAAACACAAUUCGGUGGAGGGAGGAGUUUGGUAUCGAUUCACUUGUGGACGAGAAUCUGGGGGAUGAUUUGGAGAAGGUGGUGUAUAUGCAUGGUUACAGCAGGGAGAGCCAUCCAGUGUGUUACAAUGUCUUCGGAGAGUUCCAGAACAAGGAUUUAUAUUCAAAAAUAUUCUCGGACGAGGAAAAGCGGAACAAGUUCUUGCGUUGGAGGAUUCAGUUCCUAGAAAGGAGUAUCAGGAAACUUGAUUUUCGUCCUGGAGGUAUUUCUACUAUGUUUCAGGUUAAUGACCUCAAAAACUCCCCUGGCCCUGGUAAGCGAGAGCUUCGAUUGGCCACCAAACAGGCAGUACAGGUGCUUCAGGACAAUUAUCCUGAAUUCGUAGCCAAACAGGUAUUUAUCAACGUUCCUUGGUGGUAUCUUGUAUUUUAUACGAUGAUCGGCCCUUUUCUAACCCAGAGGACCGAAAGCAAAUUUACCUUCGCGGGCCCUUCAAAAUCUGCCGAGACCCUAUUCAAGUACAUUUCUCCUGAACAAGUUCCAAUUGAGUAUGGUGGUUUGGGUGUUGAUUAUUGUGAUUGCAACCCAGAUUUCGAUGCUUCUGAUCAAGCAACGGAAGUCUCAAUAAAACCAUCAACUAAGCAAACUGUUGAAAUUAUAAUUUAUGAGAAGUGCAUUAUUGCUUGGGAGCUACGUGUUGUGGGAUGGGAAGUGAGCUACAGUGCUGAAUUUGUGCCUAAUAACGAAGAAGCGUAUACUGUGAUAAUACAAAAGACAAGAAAAAUGGCUGCAACGGACGAACCAGUCAUCUCUCACAGUUUCCAAGUCUUUGAAUUGGGAAAGGUGUUAUUUACUAUUGACAAUCCAACCUCCAAGAAGAAGAAGCUCAUGUAUAGGUUCAAGGUCAAGGUUCUAAGAGAGUGAAGCAUUGUAGCUCAAUUAUUCUCUGUAUCUUGGUGCUUCUUAUGCCGUCAAUUUUUGUUUUUUUUUCUUUAAUCUUAGUGCUUCUUAUGCCGUCAAAAUUAUUAUUUAUUUCUCGCAAAUUUAAUUCUGUAAUCUGUUAUUUGAUCAUUUUGUGUGCCGUUACCUAAUUUGUUUCACUCGUUUUAGAGUUGUAAAUUUUGUGGACAGCGUGUAGAGGUUUGUUUUUGUUGGUUCAAUGUAAGAUAUGUCUCUGAUGGAUAUUCAAAAGAAAUAUAGCUGUUUGAAUUUCGUGAUC